CUUUGAUACCACAGAGCACCUCUCUCACAGUCUUGCUUUGUCUAAUGCAUCUUCCAACAGGGCAACAGUGAUUAACAUACUCUCCAUUUUACUGUACCCGAGGACCCUGACUCUUCUCUGUUGCUCAAAGACCCUCAGGAAUCAUGGUCCGAGUCACAGCCCUGAUCACUCUUCUGACUUGUAUGGUGCUGUCAGAGGCCCAGCAUGAACCUGGCUACUGUGCUUUCUAUGAGGAGUGUGGUCGUAACCCUUCAGUGGGAGAGUCCCUCAUUCCUCCUAUUGUCCCCUGUCUCAACUACAGCCCUGCCCGACCCGUCACAGGAGAACACUACAGGAAACUCAAAAAUGUGUGUCCCAUUCUGGAUCGUGGUGAGAACAACACGUACGCCUGCUGCUCCCUCAAACAGUUGUCAUCCCUGGAAAUGAGUCUGACCCUGUCCAAGGCUGUGCUGGUCCGCUGCCCUUCCUGCGCUGAAAACUUUGCCCACCUGCACUGCAUCAACACCUGCAGCCCCAACCAGAGCCAGACAGUAAAAGUCACCAAGGUCAUGAAUGUCACUCAACUGGGCAAGCCGAGGGAGGCUGUGGUGGGUUACCAGGCGUUCAUCAGCACCAGCUUUGCAGAUGGCGCCUUCCAGUCUUGUAAAAACGUCAGGAUCCCCGCCACAGGAGGCUUCGCCAUCAGCACCAUGUGUGGUCGGUACGGCGCCAAGCUGUGCACCCCCCAGCGCUGGUAUGACUUCCAGGGGGACUCCAGUAAUGGCCUGGCUCCACUGGACAUCGACUUCAAGCUGAUUAAAGAGGGAGACACUGAGGGACUACCAGAGGGUGUGAUUCCCUACAAUGGACGUGCACUGAAGUGUAAUGAGACCACACCAUCAGGAGGUCAGGUCUGCUCCUGCCAGGACUGCCAAGAGUCGUGCCCGAGUGUGCCUCCUCCACCACUGCCACCCGCCCCCUUCACGCUGUUGGGGACAGACGGCUUCCUUGUGAUUUCUGUUAUCUUACUCGGUGUCCUGACACUUUCCUUCCUGUUAUACCUCUCUGUCUCUUCCCUGGUGAAUUCUAAGAAAAGAGUCGAUGAGGAGGGAGGAAAGAGAAAGAAGAAAGGCAAAGACCAGAACAGUAACAAUGUGACUCAGCAGGUCAUUCACCCGUCAGAGGUGACGUGCACUGACAGGAACAGCCUGGCAGCUCAAGCUUUCCUGAGUUUAGAGUUUCAGCAUUGGGGAACCCUCAUGGCCUCUUAUCCCCUCACAGUGCUCCUGGUGUCGUUUGUAGUCGUGGCUGCUUUCUCUGCCGGCCUUAAAUCCAUUGAGCUCACCACUGACCCGGUUGAGCUGUGGUCUGCUCCCAACAGCCGGGCCCGACAGGAGAAAGACUUCCAUGACAAGCACUUUGACCCCUUCUUCAGGACAAACCAGCUAAUCUUGACAGCGCCAGACAGAAAAGGCCAAAUUUAUGACUCUUUGCUGUUUGGACAGCAGAACUUCAGUGGGCUUGUAUCUAAGGAUCUGAUCAUUGAGCUGCUGGAGCUCCAGGAACGAAUACGGAACAUCGAGUUCUGGUCAGAGGACCUGAACCGCACAGCAAAUCUGAAGGAUGUGUGCUUUGCACCGCUGAACCCAUCCAACCCCUCCCUGACGGACUGCGCAGUCAACAGUUUGCCGCAGUACUUCCAGAACAGCCUGGAUAACAUUAAUGCUAAGGUGAACAUGACCGAGCUGGGAGUGACCAGAGAGGUGGACUGGAGAGACCACUUAAUCUACUGCCUCAACUCUCCCCUGUCCUUCAAAGACAUUACUGAUUUAGGUAUGAGCUGCAUGGCUGACUACGGAGCUCCUGUCUUUCCCUAUCUGGCUGUGGGAGGCUAUAAGAAUGAUGACUACACCAGCGCUCAGGCUUUCAUCCUCACCUUCUCCCUCAACAACUACGUUCGCGACAACCCCAAGUUUAAAGUGGCCAUGCAGUGGGAGAAAGAGUUUCUAAAAACUGUCCAAGAGUACCAGAAAAACCCGGCCACCAACUUCACCUUUGCAUACAUGGCAGAGAGGUCUCUGGAGGAUGAGAUUAAUCGGACAACAGCUGAGGACAUCCCCAUUUUUAUGAUCAGCUAUGCUGUGAUCUUUGUUUACAUUGCGGUUGCAUUGGGGGAGUACUCUUCAUGGAAACGUGUUCUGGUGGACUCCAAGUUCCUGGUAGGUCUGGGUGGGAUCCUGGUGGUUGGCUGCUCUGUCCUGGCUUCCAUGGGCUUCUACUCCUGGAUUGGCAUCCCCUCCUCGCUGGUCAUCCUGCAGGUCGUGCCCUUCCUGGUGCUUGCUGUAGGAGCUGACAACAUCUUCAUCUUUGUUCUGGAGUACCAGAGAGAUGUACGGAGACCUGGGGAGAAGAGAGAGGAGCAAAUUGGGCGUGUCCUUGGAAAUGUAGCUCCCAGCAUGCUCCUGUGCAGUCUCUCUGAGUCUGUCUGCUUCUUUCUAGGGGCCCUGUCCACCAUGCCAGCAGUCAAGUCCUUUGCUCUGUAUGCUGCUCUAGCUGUGCUCAUGGACUUCGUCCUCCAAAUGACAGCCUUUGUGGCACUGCUGUCCCUGGAUGCCCGGCGCCAAGACAACAACCGCUGUGAACUCCUCUGCUGUGCUACAGUGUCAACCCAGCGCCCCAACAAGCCAAAUGAGGGUUUUCUGCUGCCCUUCAUGAGGAAAUACUAUGCCCCUGUCCUUCUGCACCGUUACACCAGGAUCAUAGUGAUGUUUGUUUUCAUCUUUAUGUUCUGUGCAUCAUUAUUCCUCAUGUUUAAUGUCACGGUUGGUCUGGAUCAGGAGCUGGCUAUGCCUAAGGGCUCUUAUAUGUUGAAAUAUUUCCAGUACCUGUACAAAUACUUUGAAGUUGGAGUCCCUGUUUACUUUGUGACAAAAGGGGGCUUCAACUACACCACUGUGGAGGGCAUGAAUGCGAUCUGCUCCAGCGUGGGCUGUGAUCAGUUCUCACUAACCCAGAAGAUACAAUAUGCCACCAAUUACCCUGAUCGAUCCUACUUGGCUAUUCCGGCUAACUCUUGGGUGGACGAUUUCAUCGACUGGCUGAACCCUGGAUCCAGAUGUUGUCGUCUUUACACCAUCGGUCCAAAUGCUGGAAAGUUCUGUCCUGCAAGUCAAUCUGCUUUCCUUUGCGGGCGCAAGUGUAUGGCUAAUCCUUCAGAUGGCGUCCUCAGGCCCACUGUGGAACAAUUCAACCGUUUCCUCCCUGACUUCCUGGGUAACAGGCCUGACCUGCAGUGCCCCAAAGGUGGUCUAGGAGCCUACGACAAGGCCGUGGUGAAAGAUGCAAGUGGAGAAAUUAUAGCCUCUCGGUUCAUGGCUUACCACACACCUUUAACCAACUCUCAGGAGUACACUGCUGCGCUGCUGAAGGCCAGAGAGCUAGCUCACAACAUCACCCGGAGCAUGAGGAAUAUAUCAGGCACCUCAUCUGACUUUGAAGUUUUUCCUUACACGAUAACUAAUGUGUUUUACGAGCAGUACCUGACUAUUGUGCCAGAAGGACUCUUCAACAUCUCCCUGUGCCUGCUGCCGACCUUCGUGGUGUGCUGCCUGCUGCUGGGCUUGGACCUCCGCUCCGGCCUGCUCAACGUGAUCACCAUAAUCAUGAUCGUCAUAGACACUGUUGGCGUCAUGACACUGUGGAGCAUUGAUUAUAACGCCGUGGCCCUCAUCAACCUGGUCACGGCGGUGGGCAUCUCUGUGGAGUUUGUCUCACAUAUGACAAGAUCCUUUGCACUCAGCACCAAGCCCACACAUGUGGAAAGAGCCAAGGAGGCCACUGCAAAUAUGGGCAGUGCGGUAUUUGCUGGUGUUGCUAUGACCAACCUACCAGGCAUCCUUGUGCUGGCGUUUGCCAAAGCGCAGCUCAUCCAGAUCUUCUUCUUCCGGUUAAAUCUGGUCAUCACACUUCUGGGGAUGGCUCACGGACUCAUCUUCCUCCCUGUGCUGCUCAGCUACUUUGGUCCUGGUGUGAAUAAGGCCGUGUUGCUGCAGCUCCAGCAGGACAAAGCAAAGGCCACUCAGGAUCUUGAGAUGAGGGGCAACACGAGACCAGCCUACGAUAACCUGAGCUAUGAAGACAAUGAGACAAAACCAGACCCAGGCUCAAACUCCAGAAAGGCUGUCACAGACGCAGACCUUAAAAAAAUUAAAACUGACCGUGUCUGAGCCCCAACAACAAAAACUGUUUAUGAAAGCUCUGAUGAGUAAAUACCUCUGUAACAAACUUCAUAAGGACAAGCACAGAAAAGGACAGUGAUAGCAAACAAAGAGUCAGAUAUUUGGCUCCUCCAUAUGGAGAUCAUUAUCUAAACAAUGUACCUCAAUCAUAAAUGGACCACUGGGAUGGUCGACAACAGUAAACAGUUGUGCAAUAUUCCUGAGCAAUGCAAGAGCGGACGGUUGCAGGGAGAAUCAACCUUCCUGUCUCAUCAAAUGGAAAACUACACGUCUCUCUUCACAAGCGCUGCAGCUGGGAAAGAUUUGUUUUUUAGUUGUGGAAUCAUAACAGGAAAGAAAGUCAAACAAAUGUUCUUGAAUUAGUCAUUUUGUAUUAUUUUUAUUGAAUGUAAUUAUUUUGUAUGUGAAUACUUCACAUUGUCACUGUUUCGAGUGAUUUAAAGUAACACACACUCCAGGAAUUUAUAUGAUAGUUUCUUUAGUUGCAGUGCAAUGCUAUUGUGGUCAAAGUGCAAUCAGUUAAAAAAAAAAAAAAACAUUUAAUGUUUUUCUUAUGUGAAUAAAUAGCCUUACUGAAAACACUUCACAUUAUAGUUUUCUAAGGUAGGUGUUUGGAAAGUACUAUUAGGGAAUACUGGCCCUGCAGAAGUGUUGACUUGGUUGUAACACUUUUUAAAUUUGUUGUUUGAGUGUGGGAAAUACAUGCACACACUUUUUUAUUCAAGAGACCAAAACUGUAGCAGCGAUUUCCCACAGACUUGCAACACUGUAGGAUGCUCUCCUUAAAAUUGUAUUAGGAAAAGUACAGAAGUGUUGAUGAAUUAGUUCGGGUUCAAAACUCUGCACUUGUUCUAAUGCAAUUUAAAAAAAAGAAAUUAAAGAGAGCAAAGUCUACAGUGUCGUGUGUCCUCAAGAAGUAGAAAUAAAAUGUAUUGUUUUCAUUAUCAGUUAUUUAACUCAUCCCUCCAUAAUGUUUUUGUUUUUCUAUCUCCAUUUGUUCAAUUUGCUUUGAGGAAGAUUAAGAUCUGUUCUCACUUUGCACUGGGUCUGACUGUGACACAAAGGUCAGGUUUGAAUCAUGAGAAACAAUAUUGUAUUAUUUUUCAUACAUUUUCACAGGCUGUCCCUAAAAGAAAAGGGAUUGUUUUAGGCAUGUUGAUGUCUUCUUAGUCGGUCUUUUACUUGGAAGCAUCCUGCUCUACA